AAUCAAUAAUUUUACUUAAUACUAUUCAGAUACUUUCACAUACUUGUAUCUGACCAAUUACAAAUUGAGAUCAUGAGUUAUUGGCUAAUGGAUUAUAUUUUAUUCUCUCUUAUUUCUUUCCAAAAGUUCAGCUACUAUUUUAUUAUUUUUUUUAAUAAUUAAUAAAACCACUAUUUAGUUACUACAGUAUUAUAUGUUCAUCAUACCCAUAAUAUCCCACAAACAAUACGACGCCACAUAUCGCAUAGAUGAUGCAAAUUUGUACACUAUUUCUGGAAUCUACACAACUCCAGAACAAUGUUGAGGCAAUCGCCACGUAGGAAUCAGAGGAGCAAAGGGAUGAAGGUGAAGCAUGUGUUGCAGGUGUCUGUGCUCCUUGGGGUUUGCAUCUGGUUGGUGCUUUACCAGAUGCCUCACCCCAGCGACGCCGGAUCCUUUUCUCAGCACGGCAUCAAGCUCUCCCAGAAGCUGCUCGCUGCCGGCGACAUCAAGCUAGGGAGGAAGGAUCUCAAGCCGAGGACGACAACCCUAGUCGAAACGGAUGGCCAGAAUGCCACCAAGGCAGAAGAGGGCGGCGAUGCCAAGGAAAAAGAUGCAGAGAAGGAGAAGGAGAAGCCGAAAGAAGAAGGAGAAAAGACGCCUGAGAAAAAAAAGAUAGCAAGAGGUGAUUGGGAUAUCAAGAGAGAAGAGAAAAAGGAGGAUGCUAGCAAGAAAAUCGAGACAAAGGAUGGUGGUGACAAGGAAAAAGAGAAGACGACAACGAAGAAAGAGGAGGAGAAGGGCAGUGGUGGUGGUGAGGAAGCAAAGGAAAAGGAUAAGAAGAAGACGAAGAAGAAGGAGAAGGAAGAUGGUGGUGGCGAGGAAAAAGGGAAGGAGAAGGAGAAGACGAAGAAGGAAGGUGGUGACGACAAGGAGACAGAGAAAAAGAAGACGAAGGAAGAAGGCAAAGAGAAGAAAAAAGAGGACGAGAACAAUGGUGAGGACGCGGAGAAAGGCAAGGGCAAAGAGGAAGAAGAUACGAGUGGAAAGAAGGGUGAGGGUGUGCAAAGGGUAAAAGGAGCAACAGAGGAUUACUCUGCCUCACCAAAAGCAAGUGAAGAAGCUGAGUCUCCAUCCCCAACACUUGCAAAAUGAGAUCUCACAUAAUUAAUGAGGUCUCAAGUAGACUUGUAUUUCCCAUCUUGGGCAGAGAUGCUAAGUUUUAUAUAUAUCUUGUUUUUGUUGUGCUUUGAAUACCUGGUAAUGGCUUAACGUAAAUAUAUUGGUUGCUGGUU